CACCAGUAGGUGCGGAAGUUCGCGACUUGUGCUCCGUGAAAAUUAUCAAUUUGUGGCGUUAAAAGAGUCGGAAGUGAACAAUUUCCUAUCGAAAAGUGGACGGGAAUAGCUGCUGAACCAUAGUGGAUAGAAAUUCGGAUGAAUUUCAACCUUAAAGUUGAUUUUUUUGAGGUUUUAAAACUCGAAAAGUGAUCCCAUCGAAGGGGAACAUGAUACUCCGUCAUUCGUCGCAGUGGACGGAGAGAGAACAAAAGUUGCCAGUGUUUUGAUUGGUUACUUCGAUGAGCUCCCGUCGUCGGGUGAUUGUGUGAGUGCGUAGGAAGAAAAGAAGGGAAAAGCUCGACGCGUCGCUUCGCGUAUGAAACAGUAAAAAAAGUUGGAACAUUUGUGUACGUGCGUGAAGAUUUUUAUUUGGUUCCUUCCUCGAAGUAAAACACAAGAGCAUAGAAUAUGAUGUUCGUGUGCUAGGGAAGAAGCUAAUGGCGGAUUUAUUUUUGGUUUGUGCAGUGCAAAAAUGAGUAAUUUCAAGGAAUAAGUUGCCGGAAAUGGAUACUAGUAGCAGCGAAAUGCAGCACACUAGUGCUGCGGACUGGAAUCCUCGGGUUUCAGAACUCUACUUCCUGAUAUCGAAGUUCUUGGCCAAUGGACCGCUCCGGGAAACGGCCCAGGUGCUGACUCGCGAGUUGGAGAAUCUAAACAUUCUUCCUACUCGCUUGGACUGGACCGGCCAAUCGCAUCGGCAAUCGCUAGAGGAAUUGGAAAGGAAAUACCCACACAUCGGACCGCACCAUCUGCUGGAGAUAUGCACCCGCAUUGGGCCCAUCCUGGACCGGGAGUUGGCACCGGCUGUGCCGGGAGUGCAAUCGUUGCUUGCCGCCGGUCGCCAGAGCGUGUUGCGCACCAAGGAAAGCGUAACGCGUCCUCCGCAGCUGGUGGAUUACUGCACCCGGAUACAUCAUAUGCCGCUGGCCGAUGCGGUCCAUCGGAACAACACCCACAACAUCGUGAAGGUGCUGUACGGGCGGCAAAGUGCUGGACCGCUGGUUCGCCGCCAAGCAAUCCCAAGUUCGUUCUACUCGAAACAGAACCUGCAGCGGCGUACUUUGGGUCACCUGUCGGCCGUUUAUUGUGUGUUGUUUGAUCGUUCGGGAAAGUACAUCAUUACCGGGGCCGAUGACCUGCUGGUUAAGCUGUGGAGUGCAAUCGACGGACGAUUACUGGCCACUUUUCGUGGUGCUUCUGCUGAGAUAACGGACAUUGCCAUCAAUUUGGACAACACUAUGUUGGCAGCGGGAUCAUUGGAUCGGAUGCUGCGAGUGUGGGAUUUACAGUACGGAGGCCCGAUUGCUGUUCUAUCCGGGCACACUGGUAUGAUUACUUCGGUGAAUUUUUGUCCAUCGCCAAGAGCAGAUUUGCGAUUCCUGGUGACGACCAGCACGGAUGGGUCCGUCGCAUUCUGGGAUUACACCAACCGAGGCGGAAAACCAAGCUUUAACACCAAGCCGGUGAUGUACCACGAGAAGCUUCGUCCAGGACAGGCGCAGAUGAUUUGUGCAUCAUUUUCACCUGGUGGAAUAUUCCUAGCAGCAGGUUCUGCCGACCAUCACGUUCGAGUUUAUCUGAUGUCAGAGGAUGGUCCGAAACGAAUUUUGGAAACAGAAUCCCACUCCGAUACGGUUGAUUCUAUUCAAUGGGCCCACAAUGGGUUGAAGUUUAUUUCCGGCAGCAAAGACGGAACGGCACUUCUGUGGCACUUUGAAUCCCAGCAGUGGAAAUCGACUCGACUAAACAUGACUGAUCGCUUACUGUCCUGUCCGGCCCCAGGGGAAGAAAACAGCAAACCCAAAGUAACGAUGGUGUCCUGGGAUAAUACCGACAACUGGGUAAUAACAGCGGUGAACGACUACACAAUCAAAGUCUGGAACGCCCAUACCGGAAAGCUGCAUAAGGUUUUAAGAGGACACACUAACGAAAUUUAUGUUCUCGAAUCGCACCAGAAAGAUUCCGGGGUGCUGCUAUCCGCUGGACAUGAUGGUCAAUUAUAUAUUUGGGACAUCGUACAAGGCGUUUCGCUAGCUAAUUUCCUCAAUCACAUCGAAGGCCAGGGCGAUGGCGGUAUAUUCGAUGCCAAGUGGUCUCCAGAUGGAACGAUGAUAGCAGCAACGGAUUCACAUGGGCAUAUUUUGAUGUUCGGUUAUGGAUCGGGCCACGAGAGGUUGAAGCAAAUGCCAAAAGAGCUGUUUUUCCACACCGAUUACAGACCUUUGAUAAGAGAUGUAUCUCACCAUGUCAUGGAUGAACAGACACAAACUAUGCCUCAUUUGAUGCCACCCCCAUUCUUGGUAGACAUCGAUGGAAAUCCUUAUCCUCCUUCAAUGCAACGGUUAGUUCCUGGUCGUGAAAAUUGUCCCUCGGAUCAGCUGGUACCAAAUAUCGGCAUCGGUAAUGAAGGGGAACCUGCACAGGAAGGAGCUUAUUCAAACAUCGAUAGAAUGAUUGAGGCUCUAGCUAAUCGACAAGUAGGACCGGAUGGCGGAGAUCCCGCUCCAGAUUCAAACAACGAAAGAGAAAACAGAAAUGGAAUGUUAGAUGACCAACAGAAUGAUCCUAACAGAGUAAAUGGACGACUUCCACAGGGUGUUCAACGAUAUAGUGCCGGUAACUGGCAUCGCGACGGAUCGUACAAGUUCCAUCGGAGACAGUAUGUACGACCCAUGAGACAUUCAGAUCUUCAAUAUUUGAAGCAAAGAAUUUACGCUUCUGGUCUGCAAGAACACGAGCAGUAUCGACGCGAAAUGCGCCGCCGUCCUCUGAUGAUCAAUACCUCGAACAAUAGUAGCUCUAUGGGCAGUCAAGCUAACAGACGAUCAGGUGGCCGCAACGGAUCAAAUGCGCGUCCAGUGCGUCGAUCGCAAGCCAAUGGAGACGCAAAUGGUAGACAGCCAGCCUAUCGAACGAGAGCCGUGAGAGACAAUGAACCAGCUGCAGAUGAGCCACCGGAACAACCGGAAACGUCAACUUCAGAAACAAGCAACAGCGACGAUUCCACGGCAAUUGAAGAAGAAUUAGAUCUAUCAGGUUCCUCAAGUACUGAUUCCGACAGCUCGGACUAUUCCGAUUGGGUAUCUCACGAACCGGGUCGUAAUCUGGAGCCGCCAAAGAGAUCGAAAAGAAAACAUGUUCAGCGACGUACAUAUUCACCGCCCGAAAUCGAGCAACCUGGACCUAGCACAGGUCGUCGGCAAAAAGUCCGCAAAAUACCGAUCACACGCGACGGAGAAAUACCGGAACCGUAUCGUCCUCCGGAAUGGUUGAGCGAAGUUAUCCCGCGCAAAGCGCCAUACUAUCCGCAAAUGGGCGACGAAGUAGUUUACUUCCGGCAAGGACAUGCUCGGUAUUUGGAAGCCGUCCGAACUAAAAACGUUUACAGCUUGAGCAACAAAUGUGAACCCUGGAGUUCAAUGGACCUGAGGGAUCAUGAAAUUUGUAAAGUCAUCGGUAUUAAAUACGAGAUACGUCCUCCACGUUUGUGCUGCCUUAAGCUGGGCAUAAUGAGUUCGGAGGGAACUCAAACGGGACGCUCGUUCGUUAUCAAGUAUCACGACAUGCCGGAUGUUUUAGAUUUUCUGGUAUUGAAACAAACAUUCGAUACGUCGGUGAGUCGGAAUUGGGGCCCGGGAGAUCGAUUCCGCUGUAUGAUCGAAGAUGUCUGGUGGUUGGGCCAGAUCGAAUCUCACAAUCAACUUUCGCCGGAUUUCCCUGAUUCGUUGUUCAUGUGUUUCCGGGUGCGCUGGGACAAUGGCGAGUACGAACUUAUGAGCCCGUGGGAUUUGGAACCGGUGGAUGAAAAUCGCCUGCCGGCUGAAGUUGGUGGCGCCAUUCCGGUGCUGCCCGAGGAGCUGCGAGCCAUGCUGUACCAACCGAAGGCUGAGGAAUGGCCUCGGGGAGACCGGGAUGCAUCCUGUCGGCGAAUAAUUGCAGGAUUGGAACAGGUCAUGGGGUUGGCUAUCGCUGACCUCUUCCUGGCACCGGUCGAUCUUAACAUCUAUCCGGAGUACGCAUUCGUGGUGGAGUAUCCGAUCGAUUUGAAUACCAUUAAGGCACGCUUUGAGAAUCACUUCUAUCGGAGGAUAACAUCGGCCCAGUUUGACGUCCGGUAUCUGGCUACCAAUGCGGAAAAGUUCAACGAAUCUCACAGCAAUAUCGUUAAACAUGCGCGUAUCAUAACGGACCUUUGCUUGAGAAUUCUCGGAGAACGCAACGAAGUCGAUGUUCCGGCAGUAUACCAUCAGCUGGUGGAUACCUAUAUAUCGUCUGAUUCCGAUAGCGAAAGCCCUCGACCAGGGCCUUCUACCAGUAACAAUAAUCGCAGACGUCCGGCUGGUUCCCGAAGAUCUCGUCGAUUGGUUCCGGAGGGUGACUGGCGUGUGGAUUGUCGGGAGCUGCUAGAAAUGAUUUGGCAAGGGGAUGAUUCGGAACCGUUCCGUGAACCGGUUGACACCAUUCAACAUCCAGACUAUUUGCAAAUCGUUGACACGCCGAUGGACUUGAGAACUAUCAAGGAAGAUUUGCUGGGUGGCAACUACGAAUCGCCGUUGGAUUUCGCGAAGGAUAUGAAAUUGAUUUUCCAGAAUUCGCGGAACUACAACACAAACAAACGCUCUAGGAUAUAUUCAAUGACGCUGCGUUUGAGUACGUUAUUUGAGGCACACAUCAAAGCCAUUAUCUACAAUUGGAAGUCGGCUAGAAGGAGAGCAAGCAAAGCGAAUGCUGCCAAAAAAGCCUCCGGCGGUCAGGGCCCAAGCGGUAGUGGAACAGGAGGAGCCGGUGGAUCCGGAUCGGCACCGAAAAGUCGUCGGGAUGAUCGGAGUCGUGGAGCGGGUAGUAGUGGUGCAGGUCCAUCCUCUUCACGCCGCCCGCCUCCUAGUCUCAAUUCGAGUGGGUCAUCGUCGAGAACGCCCCAUUCGGAUUAUGACGAUGACGACGACGAUGAUGACGAUGAAAGUCCACCGAAGCGACCAACUCGUAAUGGGACAACCAUGAGCUCACGGCGAGUUCAGCAGCAGCAGCAGCCGGGUGGUAGUUCGAAUGGCGUUACGUCUAGUAGUAAUACGGUGGCCCAUGAUGCUCAACCAGGUCCAAGCCGUAGUCGAGUGAUUCCAUCGAGUUCGAUGGGUGGUCCUUCGUCGUCAGGGCGAGUAACGAGAAGAUCUCAGGACGAUGAGGCUACCAUGAGCAGUGCGGAAACCGACACUUCUAGCGAUUCUAGUGAUAGUAGUGACGACAGUCGAGGAGUGCCUGUUUCGUAUCUCAGAAAUUAUGAUUCAGGGGAUAUUUAUGAUCCUUACAAAAAGAAUAAAAGGAGAAAAAAGACAAAAUCAAAGAAGUCUGACAAACAAUCGAGCUCUAAGAAAGGUGUAGUUAGUUCAUCUACAACUAAAAACAAACCACCUUCUGGAGGAAGCAGCAGUACACCACACGUAACGAGAAAUGAGAGAGGCCAGUAUACUAGGCUUCCGCAUCAGCAGGUACAAAAUCAACGGAACGGUAAUGUUGCGGCUGGUUUGGCAGAGCCAGGUCCGUCGAGAAUGGUGAAUCGUAUAAAUCAAGGAAGUAGCAGCAGAACAACUAAUGAAAACAAUCGUGAUCACGACAAGCCAAAGAUUGCAACUGGAGGCACCGGUGGAAGAACGUUAAGAAGCACACGAAGCACCACCACAGGAACAGACAGUGAUGCUGAGGAUGCUGGUGAAGGAUCCAGCACAGGACGCAGACCUCCGAAACGACAGCAUCGAAUCGAAUCCGAUCACAGUUAUCAUAUGGCCAGACCAAAAACAUCUCGAAUAAUUUCCGAUACAGACAAUGACGAUCGUUCACCUCGAUCGACCCGAGGUAAUGCACGCAGAGCACAAGCGGAAUGGGGCAGAAGUGAUGACAGUUUACUAACGCCAGAUGAUGAUGAACGACCAUCAAAUUCGCAAACCUCUAGCAGAAGGAUGAGGCCGCGAAAUCGUAUUUCAGAUCCUGAGCAAAGUCCGGAAGAAACGAGUAAUAUCAGCAAACGAGGUUCCACCCAGCGAGCUGCGGCAGCCAGGGCACGAAACUGGCAGGUUAGCGAGAGUGACAAUGAUCCAAAUGGAUUGGCGCAAUCUCCUGAAGUACCAAGUACAAGUUCCUCCCCACCUUCACGGACGCGUGUCGUCCGAACCAAUGGUUCAUCAGCGCCUGCUGUUCCUAAAUCCCCGAGCAAACCGGAAAACCGUUCAACCAGUAGACGAUUGAGAAAUCUGUCCAACAGCGAUACCUCUGCUACACCGCCACCACAUACUGUUGAUCACAAUUACGGUGAACCUUCUUCGCGUAGAACCCGUCUUCAGCCAUCACGUCGGCAAAGGCCGGCGGCCGAAAGUGCCGAUCACACAACCCCUUCGGAACACACUGAAGAAGCUAGCGAUGAUGAUGAUGCGCCGCUAAGACCAAGAACAACAACUACCCAGAUUAGUUCCCGGCUCAGGAGCAAAAAGACUCCUUCCUCGACAAAGCGGAAAAAACCAUCCACUACUUCAGACGAUGAGGUUCAAGACGAUUCCGAUGAAGAGUUUAUUGGAGACGCCGAAGAAGCCGAUUCGGACGAAGAGGCCACGGUAGAGAGCACCGAUGACGAUGAUUCGGACGAUGACAAUACUCCUUUGCGCAUGAUGUCAUCGUCGUCGACGGCUGCUGCUAAAAGCAGAAGAAACCGAUCUCAACAACAGCAGGCAGCUGCCGCCAUCAGCAGAAGACGACCACCGGCUCCAGCUGUUGCUACGGUUGCUUCAUCCUCGAGACCCGCCAACAUCAGCAGUAGACUGCGGCAACGGGACAGAGUUUCGUCCGAGGAGGAGUUUGGCAGCCCCGGUCCGUCCACGAUGCGCAAUAGCCGCAACCUGAAACGGCCUCACUACAACGAGGACAGCGAUGAGGACGACCACAACCAAGGCGGUAGUACACGUUCACGGCCAAAGCGACCCGCCAUCGAUCGAUCGCAACCAUCAACGACACACCACCAGGCCGCCGUUCAUCAUCCGUCAUCGCCCACGACGCGAAGUAGAAGUGACGCAUUGAUGAGCAAUGGCGAGGACGAGAGUGGCUCAACCGAGAACAGCACCGAGGAUAACGAAGCCCUGACGAGUGUGAGCAGUCGAGGUCGCGUUCGACGAAUCAAUCCCAAAGCGCGAAAAAUCUUCCGCGAUUAGAAAUGUGCUACACAAUAGUGAUCGGUUGGUCGGUCGUUUUUUUUUGCCAGCGCUGUGUUGUGUAAAGUUUAGUAGUGUCCUUUGUAAAAAAUCAUUCUUGUUUCUUAGUUUUGUAAGCUCAAACUUCCUUUACUCUAACACACAGACAAAUACACACAUACACUCACACGAAACUCCUAUUGUUAGAUUUUAGUCAAGAGCAAAACAUAAAAAUGAAUGUUAGCAGAAAUAUAUGCAUUCAUUCGAAUACUGCCACUUUUACAAACGGACGGUAAUCAGCUCGCGUGGUUUCCGCCUAUCCGUUCUUUAGAUCACAUGAAAGCGCGUUUCCUUUAAUUUGUAUUAUUUAUAUCCACGGAUAAAUCAGAGAAAAAUUAGAAAAACUACAAAUAUAAACGAUCAGAAUCCGGAAUGUUUUCAGAACACAACGGAAAAGCAUUGUCGCCAAACAAUUUACAGCUGAAAUCACCAUAAAAGUUCCCGUUUCACCCAGUCAUUAAUGUGUUGGUUUUGCUAAGCGGUACAAAUUUGCAAAUAUGUGUUGAAAAGACUGAUCGUAUCCAAUACAGCAGAAUUCUUAAGUUAAUUUUCUGGUUUGUCAAGCGCUUUUCUAAAGAUUCAACAACUUCUUACUAUCGCUUACUAACAACAACGCCGGUUUGCUUAAGCACCAAUCGAGCUGAGAACUAACUUGGUAACACCCCGCGCCCGCCCACUUCCUUUUUAUUAGUUCAGUAUAAAUAAGACAGCAGCAACUAACGUUUUGUAAAAUAGAAAAAAAAAACAGCAAAAACCGUGAUUCAUUAUUGUAAUGUUAAGGAACAAAAAAUGGAAAAUAAACAACAGAAAACAAAUUCAAAUUUAAACAAAAUUAGUGUAAGCAAAACUUAAUUCUAUAAUUGGAGAAAAUAAACACAAGCAGAAAAACUAUUAUUGAUUGUGUUUAGUUUUGUUUAGUUUAGUCAGCAAGUCAAAGUUGUCGGAGUGUGAACAAAGGUUAGAAUAAAAUAAAAUUUAUUUAUAAAUGAAA